GUUAACGCGAAGGUUAUUUUACACGAGAGAGGAAACUGAUUCUGGAGCCAAACGUCACGUUGACAGGAGCUGGGAGGAAAAGAAGAGGUUUUGUUUUGUAGUCUGACAGGAGCUCAUUCUCUUCUAAACAUUACAAGAGAGGUGAAUUGGUCAUGGGUAAACACAACAGUAAGCUGGCUCCGGAGGUCCUGGACGACCUGACCAAGAGCACGGAAUUCAACGAGGUGGAGCUCAAGCAGUGGUACAAAGGCUUCCUCAAGGACUGUCCCUCUGGCAUCCUCAACCUGGAUGAGUUUCAGCAGCUCUAUGUGAAGUUUUUCCCAUACGGCGACGCCUCCAAGUUCGCCCAGCAUGCGUUUCGGACAUUUGACAAGAACGGUGAUGGGACCAUUGACUUCAGGGAGUUCAUUUGUGCCCUGUCCAUCACCUCCAGAGGCAGCUUCGAGCAGAAACUCAACUGGGCCUUCAACAUGUACGAUCUGGACGGGGAUGGAAAGAUCACACGCAUGGAGAUGCUUGAGAUCAUAGAGGCCAUCUACAAGAUGGUGGGCACGGUGAUCAUGAUGCGGAUGAACGAGGACGGGCUCACUCCUCAGCAGCGCGUCGACAAAAUCUUCUCCAAGAUGGACAAAGACCACAAUGAUGAGAUCACCCUGGACGAGUUCAAAGAGGCCGCCAAGUCUGACCCGUCCAUCGUCCUACUGCUGCAGUGUGACAUGCAGAAGUAGAGAGAGAUGGGUGGAGAUGCAGAGGGAGGGAUGGGACGGGGAAAGGGUUGAACUGAAACAAGCGAAGGAAGGAGGAUAUGACAAAAGAGAGGUAGGAGAAGAAAAGGGGGAUGCAGCUGAGGUAGGAGGAGGAGGAGGAGGAGGAAGGGAGGGGUAGGGAAGAUUUUUUUUUUGAGGCAGCGAUGACAAGGAAUGAGCCAUAUUUGGAACAUAAUGAACUGCUGAUUGAUGCCAUUCUUUUCUCCCAACCCAUCCCACUGUGCAGUACACUCCUGCAGGAGUAAUUUACAAUGGAAAUAUAUAGAGGUGCCACUCACACUCUUCCACCGUCAGGCCCCAUGCUCAGCAUGUGAGAUUACAAGGCUGUGAGGUGGCUCAGGAGCUAAUGUCAGCUAUCUAACGGUUACUUCUGCACAAUACUCUUAAUUUGUCUUCUUUUUGCUUGGGAAAUAACACACGGUGUGCUGCCCUUUCCAGGAUCUUUUCAUUAUGAGACUUCAUGAAAUGCCUUAUUUCAGUUGACAUGAGUCUGCACCUGUUGCCUGGCAACAUCACAGUGAUAAAUGAUGAAGAUUUAAGAAAAACAUUGCUCCUGGCAAAGAAAUAACAACUGGUUAAAGUGCAGCUUCUUGAUUUGACCAAGUUCUCCGAUU